AUGCCUUUGAGAUAUAUGAAUGAAUGGCCAAGAAAAAAGGCUCCAAUGUUCAACGAAAUAGAAGCAGGAAGAUUGAUUACCCUUUAUUGUGAGAACUAUGACUGGUAUCAUGGAAAGUUCAAAUGGGGCGGAAAGAACGUGGUAAGUGACAAGCAGCGUCUGCUGAAAGAAUGGUCGGAAGAAAUCUCAUCGCUCGGAUUUGCUACCCGCACCAAAGAUCAGAUCGAGGAGAAAAUUAGAAACGAAGUGAAGAAAGUGCAAAAACAUUUAAGAAAAAUCAAGGCUGAGAAAUUGAAGCGGAGAUGUUCUGCAGGUGGAAAACAGGCACAAGUACCGAGACUACCAUCUUACCUUGAUCCACUUAUUGAGCUAAUCAAUGACAGGCAUCCCGAAUAUGAUGUAACGGGGGUAGCAGAGCAGCUCCAUACGAAGCAAGGCAACUCAUCUGAGCACGAUGGUGAUUAUGACACAAGUGGUUCAUUGGAGUACAACGUUGCUCUAUUCAACGAAGACAGGAAACCCACCGAGGAGGAACUUCGUGAACUUCGCACUAAAUUAGGAUUAGAUUCGUCUGUUGUUUUGGAAGACCCAUCUACUUGCAGAGAGCAGGGACCCUCUCUCGAGCAAAACGCUGGUAAUAUUAAUCACAGUGGACGAAGCUCAGAGGAGAGGACGAAA